AGGCCAUGGUCCUAGCAUCAGGUGAUGCGGGCCUCUAUCAGCGAAUGGUUGCUGAUAGAUCGCUUCCUCUUAGUGACUAUCUUGAAAUGAAAAAACCACAACUUUUAUCACAGAAUGAAGAUGUAAGGGAUGCGACGUUGUCUGAGAUUGUGGACACAGUAUGUGCAUUGCCAAAUGCUUUUUUGUCGAAGGAUCAGGUUGCGCUGCUUCUGGAUUUCUUUCUUGGACGAUUGGAAUCGUCUCCUACUGCUGCAUCACAUGCAAUUCGCGGUGUCCAUCACUUGGUCCUGCACAGUCAAAAUCUACCCGAUGACUUUGAAAGGCCCCUUGUACAGAUUAUGUUCAAAGAUGGAAAUGUACAAGGAUGGGAUGUAGACAAUCGACUGCUGCAGUAUAACAUUCUAGAAUGGCUUUUACUACAUCGAUUGAAAGAACUAAAAUCAUUGGGAUCAGACUUCGCCAUGACUUUUAUCAAAACUAUGGGAGGCGAAAGACAUCCGAAGUGUUUGCCAUUGGUUUUUCGCAUGUUUGUCAUCGUAGCUCAGUUGUGCACUUUAGGACCGUUUGUUGAAGACUUAUUUGAAGUCGUUGCUUGCUAUUUUCCAGUGGAGUUUAAGCAGACAGCCAGUUCACCUAUCACCAAAGAUCUCUUGGCUGAAGGAUGCCUAAAAUGUCUGGUAGCGCACCCUGAUUUUGCCCCGUACUGUUAUCUGCUUAUUGAGGAAAAAUUUACUGACGAUGAGACUACUCCGGAGCAGAGGGAGGACACUUGUGUUUUACUUGCUGAAGCUGCAAAGGUGUUCCCAGCAGAGGAAUUGGUCGAUCACCUAGAAGUUCUAUUAGGAGGACUACGCGUGGUCGGAUUGGAUCUUAAAGGUAGCCUUCCGGAAUCUGUCACGCGAGCUCUUACCGAAAUUACAAAGGCAGUGGAAAAGAUUGAUGCUGAAGCUACAAAGAAACUUGGGUCACAACUUAUAGAGAAUUUGGAGCCAUUUGUUCUCCAAGCCGAAAUGGGUCUAACUGAACGAGCUUUGUCACUUUUACGCUGUGCUGCUGAAGCUGGCCCAAGUAUUCGUAAUCAGAUCUAUGAUCAAGUCAUUCCAUGGAUUCUUAUGCUAGCACAAGGUGAUGUUGUGAAUGUGAAAGCCGACCGUCUGGAAAUUUUGCAGGAAGGAUUGAAGGCUUUGAUGGAUUGGGCCAAAUGCAUCCACGAAAAUGGUUUUGACACUGUCCUGUCUCGAUUCCAGUCAUCACUGUUUGCGUCUUUGGAUGCGGCUAGAGAAACGGCGCCGAAUGAAGCACUUACAGCUUUGCACACUUGUGCUUCUGUUUAUUUGAAAAUUGUGCCACUUUCUGAGGAGACCCUGUCAAGGAGUAUUGAACUAGUUAGAGCUUCGUGGGGAAGGCUGUUGCAGGAUAGUGCGAAGGCAAGCUACUUAAAUCUGAUUACAACUCUUGCUCAGACAAAGUGGGAAUCUCUUCAAAGUAUCAUCGCGGAAAAACCCGAGAUCUCUGUUGGAGAUUUUCCUAUGCUAUGUGCUGCUGUUCAUGACAAGUCGUCUUAUGAGGAGUUACUUAAGAGGCUUUUAUCAGCUUUAUCUCAAAAUGCUAGUCCCGAAAUGUUUGCUUCUGUAUUGGACAUGGCGAAAAGGCUAACCGUGAAAGCACCGAAUAUGGUUCCACAUCUUGUGGAGCAAUUCAUUGCCCUUGCAUCGAAGAUCAAGGACCCCUCUCGCGAGGUAGUAACCUCCUAUGGAGAAACACUGCAAGCUAUGGGUCUUCUGCUAGACAAGGAUACUCGUCAUCGAUUUGCUGAGAAAGUAGUAGAUAUGGGACAAUUGAUGGAUAUGUUUUGUCUGAUUGUUAUUCAGUCACAGAAUGUAGAUCUCAUGGAACGAUGUCUGAAAAAUCUUGCCACAAACGAGCACUGUUUGUAUUUGUUGUUUACUGGUAUAGCAAAUCAUAUCGACGAUCUUCAGAGGCUACAAACUGUAAAAAAUUCGAUACCUAAAUUUGACGUGGACUGUGCUAUAGCGAAAGGUUUGCUACUUCGUGGUAAGAAAGAAGGCGUCAAGUUGGUUAACGAGCUCUUUGAUCGGCUUUGUCAUGUAAAAGAUUCUCAACAAGUGCGGCUUUGCUUGCAACUCAAUGAUCUCUUCGAUUUUGAUAGUCCCGCUAAUGAUCCUCAGAGAAGUCUGCACAAAACUACGUUUUUAUGGAAGCAAAGAGUUUUCAACCAGCUCAGCAACUGUUAUGUGACUGCUGUGAAUUCAGCGGAUCAAGGAGGUAAAGAUGUUCUGAUGCGAUUACUGCCAGCCUUGCUGAAAUCAACCGAAAAUAAUCCAGCUGUUCAGCAGCAAUUCGAUGAGUUCUUACCAGUGUUUCGAGUCGCACUUGACGCUAAAGAUAUUCAACCUUCUGUUUUGUCAUCACUUCCUCGCUUCAUCGGUGGCUUGCCCUCGUCUGCGAUUUCAAUAGAUGAUGGAAAGCGGAUUAUUGCAGCGACGACACGUACUUUGAACAACGGUCAUCCUCCAAUGGUUACGGUAUUAUCUUGCCUGGAAGCGUUGGGUUUACUGGCGAAGCGAGCGAGCUAUGAUUUUCGCGAUGCAGAUAUCACCACAGUGGUAGGAGCUGCAACUCAAGCGCUUGCACAUCCGAAACGGAUAGUACGACAGAAAGCGGCUGCCAUCAGGAACUUAUGGGAAACAAAGCGACAAUGAUGAGACUUCAACAUGUCGUACAUUGUUACUAUACUCUCAUUGUUGAAGUUGUUACUGUUGUGAUGUGCCUUUGAUA